UUUAAGUAUAUUCAUUAUGUAAAAAGUGCACUAGUAAUUAUUGCACUUUUCUGUAUUUUUCUGUGUGUGUUAAGCCUCAUAGACACACACACAUAUAUGUAAGAUAAUUUUAGGAGUAUACACAUACAAUUUUAGUUAUAUAUCCCUAUAUCUAUCUCUGUCUUUAUCCAUCCAUCCAUCCAUCUACAUAUCAAUCUAUCAUCCGUCUAGUGAAAACAUGGAUACAUGCUUGGGAAUAAUCAACAUUAUAUAAGGAUGGCGGCAGGCCAGGGCAGGUGGGAGGGAGAGGAAUACAAUUGGGAAAGAGACUCAGGAACUUUGACCAUAUUUCUAAUGUUUUUAUUUCUUAAGUUAGUUAGUUGUUUGUUAUAGGAGUGUCUAUAAUUUUAUGUAAGUCUGAGAUAUGUCAUAAGUUUAAAAUCAUUAAGUAAUAAAUAAUGAAAGAAACUUUAUAUAAUAUCAGAAAUCAAAAACCACUACCACAUGCUAUAAAUAGAUGGUAAGCGUAACAAUAGAUAUUCAAUGAGAUGAAAUGCUGUUAUUCAAUUGUACUUUGACACUGUUUGGGCUAGAAGGGUCUGAUCCUGAGCCCGGCUUCCCUCUGUUGAAAUGGGGAUCAGUGAAGGAGAGAGAGGUGUUACUUCAAUAGUCAGGGUUAAAAGGACAUGGUGUUACCAAAUGAAAUGUUGGAGUUUGGAUCAGAGAAAGGUUUAUUGCAGGGCCAUGCAAGGAGAACAGGUGGCUCAUGCCUGAAAAGACCCCAAACUCCUCGAAGGGUUUCAGCAAAGCAUUUUUAAAGACAAGGUGAGGGAGGAGCGUGGCUUGUUCUUGCAAACUUCUUGGUGUCAGAAUCGUUUGUUCUUGUAGCUGUCCAUGUAGGUCAGGUCAGGAUGUUCCUGUAAACCUCCAAGGAAGAAAAUGUUAUUCUCUCUGUUCUGCAACUUUUUAUCUCUAUAUGAACGGGAAAGUAUUAUACCCUUAAAGGUCACGGCCUUGAGAAUGGGCUGUGCUGUAUAUUUCAGGCUAUAGGCAACAUUCUUAACUGGAAGCAAAAGCAAUAGAAUACAAAGGUUAAAACAGAAGAAACAGAUCUAAUAUGGAGUCAGAUUUGUUCUUCUCUAUUACAGUGGGAAGGGGGUCACACUUUCUUCCUAUAUGAGGCAAAGCCAAUUAAAGCAGGGGCUGCAUGGGCCUAAAUCAUCAACAUCUCACGACCCAUUGUGCUGCCCUACUUCAGGAAAGGGUAGCGAGGUCCCUCUAAGCCCUGGCUGUCCUGCCUUCUAAGUGGUUUGGGGAGUGGAGUAGGUCUUGUUAGGAGUGGGCUGGGAGACAGGGAGGCAAAAGUGGAGGGAUUAUUAUUAGUAAAAUGAUUAGCAAUGAUUGGCAAAAUUGGGAAAGCCUUGAGGAAGAGCCCCCUUCCUCCUGCGACCCCCUUCCCAGGCCUCAUGAGUGCCUGGAAAACUGUCAGGCAAACAAUCCCCACCAUGUGAUUUGUUCUCACGCUGGGGCUCAGCCUGGACGCCUCUGGGAGCCAGGCCCUCAUGCCUGGGAGGGGGGCCUCGUCCACCCCGGUACAGCUCUUUAAGCCCCCUCCUGUGCUCCGGGGAGCUGGGGGCUGACUCCCUGCAGUGUGUGUUUAUGGGCUUUGAUCCUGCUCUUUGGUCACAGAGAGUAUAACUGCCACCUCCCCUCUCUGACUGCAUGUCCCCCCAUGAGGACAGCAGGUCUGUCCCUCAGUCUCCUAAGGCCACAAGCCCCUUUACCACCCCCUCUCCUCAUACUCCCCGGCACACACGCAAGCAGAAAUAUGCAGUAUAUUUGCGGGGGUGUCCGAGUGUCUGCACUGACUUCAACUCAACAGCCCCCAUCUAUGCCUGGGCAGUAUGAACUGGCUACCUGGUCUCCUCACAAGGAAAGCAGUGCAUUGGAGGGUUAGUAUGUGCAUUUCUUUGUCCCCUGGAAUAAGCAGGGAUGACCUAAUGAUGACCUGUGUUCGACUCUGUCACCCAGAAUUCUGCCCAGCCUGGACCCUCCUCCACCAAGACCUCAAAGUCUUGCCAGCCUCCUCAUCUCAGCUUCCCGGUCCCUUGUUUCAUCCCUUCAGGGUGUGCCCAGACUACCUAGUCUGAUAAAUGCUCCACAGAGAAGAUGUGGCAUGUGGGAAGAGCCCUGGACCACACGUCACGAGUCAGAGUCUGAGCGCUUGUUCUGUGUGACCCUGGGAGUUGGGGGUGAGGCACGGAAGCUGUGAGUGGGGGGUUCUCCUUCGAGUUACCUGGGAGGAAGGGAAAGGAGCGUGAUACAGCUCUAAGGAGGGGGGAUGCCAUCAGGUGGAGAAGACCUGGGUAGGACAGAGGGAAGGGGAGGAGAGAAGAGAAGUAGAAGAGAAACAGGAUGGUGUUGGGGCAGGUCCCAGAGGUGGGGGGACAUAAGGGACUGGAGUGGAGAGGAGGUAAGCCUUGGAGAGGGAAGGACUCCAGCUCUGAGGAGAAAGGGCCAGAGAAGAUGGUGGCUGCAAACAGACAAUGCUGGGGUUCAGAACUGCAUCAGCCACAGACUCCGGGUUCCCAGGCAAAAAGCGAGAGGAGCCCUGCUGAGAAUGGGAAGCUUGAGUGGGGAAGGGGGAAGGUGAGAAGGUGAGGAGGAUGAAGAAGGUGGGGACCAAAGAGGGAGACCCUGAGCCACCAGGAUAGAACAAUGGUUAAGAACAUGUGCCCUGGAGCCAGCCUAGUUCUAGGUUCAAAUCCCACCCUCUGUCCCAUCCUACCCAUGUGACCCUGGGCAAGGCAUUUAACCACUUUCACCAUUAUUGUUCUUUUUGGAAAAUUUUUUAAAAUUUUAUUGGUUAAUACCAUUAAUUCUUUAAUCUGUAAAAUGGGGAUAAUAAUAGUGAGUAUUAUAUGAAAUAAUACUUAGCGUGGUACCUAAAACCAAUGAAUGGAAAGACUGCCAAAUAUAUAGCAAAUGUCUUUUGUGAAUUUAGUAUGUGCCCAACACGAAGCAUUUAGCAGUCAUGAUGCAUUUAAGCCUUACGAGUACCCUGUGAGAUAACUACUAUGAUGAGCACCAUUGUAUAGAACACUGAGGCACGCAUCAGCCCAGGCUGACACAACUAGUAAGCAACAGAGCCAGGAUUUGAAGCCCCAAGCAGUUAGUAUGAAAGUUGAGUGCCACUCUGCCUGCUUGUCACAUAAAGGAGGCCAGUGUGUCAGGGGUCUCCCGAGAAACUAGGAGGGGAGGGUGAUGGUGUUUACCAUAAAGAGGGGCAGAAAAUCACUACCCUGAGCCCUGCUCUCUAGUUCCCCUGCCCUUGCCCUAAAACCACUCAGCUUUCAUCUUGGGGGUCAAGGGUACAGGCAGAGGAGGAGACGGGCUUCGUAAGGGCGUGCCUCAGGCUGGUGUUUUCUGUCUGUGGUGCACAGAGUGUGGCUACUGCUUGUGCUGCCGUCACUAAGUGGCUUAUUAGAUUCAGGUUCCUGGGCACGAGGGCGGAGCAGGACCAGCCCAGGCUGGGGGCAGAUCCCACAGCCCUUGGCUUCCUUGGGCUGAGGCCUCCUGACAAUCACCUUGAUGAGGGUGCAGUUCCAACCUCCAUCCCCUUGCCCAUCCCACACACCUGCUCUGGGGGUUCUAUGGCUGCUCCUGGUACCUCUACAACUGUCCCUUAGACAGUGAGCAGGAAGCAGCUCUUCUCCUUCCAUGCCCUAGAGGGCACCCGUUCACCCCUCCCAGGGAGAAGACAGCUCGGCCAGGAAGUGGUUGCGAGUUUUUUGCUAAGUGUAGCCAGAGCAAAUGGAAGAAGCCCCAGUGCUCGGGAAAGACGGCACUCAGGUAGGGCAAAGCCAGUGUGAAUCGCUAUAGCCACUCUCAAACUGGGACUGUGCUUAUGAAACAUAUCACUAAUACUGGAAUUAUAUUUUUUUUAAACAGGAAUUAAACAUGCCACAGACAGGCAGAUGCAGAUCCACUGAAUCUAAAUUUCUGGGGCCGGCCCAGGAAUCUGCACUUUGAACAAUCUGCUAGACUAAUGCGAACUGGGAAAGUGGCAAAGAGGCAACAGAAUUCUAGGAAGAAGCAGAUUACUUUCAAGGACAUGACUGUAACUGACGUCACAGAGCGUUGAUAAAUGAGUCCCUUCCUGUAGUGUUACCAAGUCUUUCCCAUUGAUUGUUUUAUUUAAUAGCUGUGUUAUCCCCAUCUUACAGGUGGGAAACCUGAGGCUCAGAAACCAAAGUCACUCAGCAGGUAAAUGGUGAAGCAAGUUUUGAACCCACCCAGCUUUUUGUUUUUAAACUCCAGAUCCACACUCAUAGUUGUUAUACCAACCCAUAUUUGCUACUUCAUCCCAGUCUCGGAAUUUUUUUUUUUUUCUUUUGGCUGCGUUGGGUCUUAGUUGAGGCACGUGGGAUCUUUCGUUGCAGCGCGCAAGUUCUUCCCUGUCGUGCGCAGGCUUCUCUCUAGUUGUGGUGCACGGGUUUUUCCUCUUCUCUAGUUGUGGCGCACAGGCUCCAAGGUGUGUGGGCUCUGUAGUUGUAGUGCGCGGGUUCCAGAGCGUUUGCAGUAUGGCGGGCUCUAGAUGAGGCGCGCUAGCUCAGUAGUUGCCGUGUGCGGGUUGCCCCACAGUAUGUGGGAUCUUAGUUCCCUGACCAGGCAUGGAACCCGCAUCUCCUGCAUUGUAAGGCAGAUUCUUUACCACUGGACCACCAGGGAAGUCCCCCAGCCUCGGAAUUUGAAGUCAGAUAGACCUAACUUAAAAUUCUGAAGAUGAUCCCCGCCUCCCACAGAUGUGGAGACAUUAAAAUUUUUGAAACAACAGCAAGAAGCAGUAACACAUACGCUAUACCGGGCACUGUUCUAAGUGCUUUGCAUGUAUUUAUUCAUUUAAUCCUCUCAACAGUUCUAUGAGGUAAGUCCUAUUUGGCAUCACCAUCUUAUCCAUUUUACAGACGAGGAAACUGAGACAAGGAGAACUUGACCAAGAUUUCACAGAUAGUAAGUGUGGAGACAAGAUUAAAAUUCAUGCAAUAUGGCUCCUAAGUUCCUGCUUUUACCCAUUCUCCCUCUCCAGACUGCAGAAAAAGGUUAACUUGAUUCAAUGUAAUCACAGUUGAAAUUCCGAUGGGAUUUUUCAUGGAACUCAGCAAGCUGAUUCUGAAAUUUGCAGAGAAGAGUUUGCCAAGACACUUCCAAAGAAAAAGAGCUGGAGAGUCUUGCCCCAUGAGAUGGAAAAACUUAUUAUGUGGCAAAGUUGUUUGUUUGUUUUCCCAGCUUUAUUGGGGUAUAAUUCACAAAAAGUUGUAUAUAUUUAAAGUGUACAAUGUGAUGGUUUGAUAUACAUAUACAACAUGAUAUGGUUACCAUAAUUAAGUUAAUUGACACAUCCAUCACCUCACAUAGUUACCUUUUGUGUGUGUGCGAUGAAAUAUGUAAGAUCUACUCUCUGCAUAUUUCAAAUAUACAAUAGAGUGUUGUUAGCUAUAGUCACCAUGCCAUACUUUAGAGCCCUAGAACUUAGUCACCUUAUGACUGAAAAUUUGUACCUGGAAAACAAUGUUAAUUCAGACAAUGUGGUAUUGCUUGGACACAGAAAACCGACCAAUGGGGCAGAAUGAAGAGCCCAGAAACAAACGCAACUGUACAAGGAGACUUGGUUGGUGAGUGAGCAUUCUCUGCCAAUCAGAGCAGAAAAGAUAGAAGUGCUUAAUGAAUGGGCCACAACAGUUUAUCAGUGAUUCAUAUGAAAAAUAGUGAAGUGGAAUCCCUACCUCACACCCUACACAAAAUCAACUCCAUGUGGAUUAACGAUAUAAAUAUGAAGGGAAAAACUAUCAAAAUUUAUAGUUUAGGAAAAUAUCAGGUAGGGAAGUGUUUCUGAAAUAAAUACAUAAUGUAUUUUAAUGCACUGCUGCAUUAAAAUACAUUAAAAUGAAUAACCUCUAUCAAAAUCACCAUAUAGAGAAAAAAGACUUACACAACCAAGACAAGAUGUUUGCAACGUAAGUGACAAAGAUUUGGGCCCAGUAUAUUAAGAACUACUGUGAAUCAAUAAGAAAAAACAAGCCAACACAAAAUUGUACAGACAACAUGUCAUCAUGUCACAGAAAAAAAGAAACACAAAUGACCCACACGUAUGUGAAAAGAUGGUCCAGGUCAUUGGAAGUCAGAGAAAUGCAUGUUAAAAUCACAUCUUUUUUUUUGUUUUUUGGCUGCGCCGUGCGGCUUGCAGUAUCUUCGUUCCCUGACCAGGGAUUGAACCUGGGCCACUGCAGUGAAAGUGCGAAGUCUUAACCACUGGUCCACCAGGGAAUUCCCAAAAUCACAUCUUAAAGAUUGGUAAAAAAUAAAAGCCAGAUAAUGCCAAGGGUUGGCGAGGAUGUAAAGAAAUUGGAAAUGAAGAAAUAACAGUGUUAGAGUUUCAGCUGGUACCACUUUAGAAAAUAGUUUGACAUUAUUUGAUAAAGCUGAACAAACACAUACUCUGCACACCAGCACUUCACUAAGUAUAGAGCCUAGAGAAACUUGCACAUGGGCGUAGGAGCUGUCUGUACAAAAGUUUCUAGGCAGCAUUGUUCAAAAUAUUUAAAAAACUAGAAACAAUCCAAAUGUCCUUCAAUAGCUGAAUGAAUAAACAAAUUGUUAUAAUUCAGACAAUAGAAUGAAUAUAUACAACAGUGAAAAUGAGUGAACUACAGCUAACUCCAUCAUCAUGGAUGAAUCUCAAAAAUACUGUAUUCAAGCCAAAGGAGUCACAGAACAGUAUCUGUAGUAUGAUUCCUUUUAGAUAAAGUUCAAAGAAGGACAAAACUAAACAAUAUAUUGUUAGGAAUAGAUUCAUAGGUGACAAUACUGUGAAGAAAAACAAAGAAAUUGAUGAGUUGCUAAAUACAGGAAAGUGGUUACCUUGGAGUGGGGCACACAGGGGCUCAUAGGGUAUCGGAAAUGGUCUAUUUCUUAAUCCAACAGGGUGGGUUCUUGUAUGUUCAUAUUAUUGAUACUUAAACUAUAAAUUGUUCGUAUAUUUUUAUACACUUUUUCUUAUGUAUGAGAAAUUUCACACUAAAUUUUAAAAUACCAUGUGUGCGUGCAUAUUUCUGGGAGAGUCCACAUUCAUCGGGUUAUCUAAGGAGUGUCUGGUCUUCUAACAGAGUACACCUGGGCAUGAAGGUUUCUGUGGUCCCAUCCUGCUCUGAUAUUCAUCCCCAUGAUGGACAGAGGCCUUGUGUCAGCCUGAUUACGGCUCAUCCUGGUCAGCUGACCUCAACCCCCCUCUGCCUUGGAACAGGACAUAAACCAGGUUCUGUUUCUGGAAGAACCAACAGAAAAAACCCCAACCAAAGACACCAAACCCAGCCAACAAUUGAGAUCUCUCCUAGUUCUGUUGUGUACACAUUUCUGGAGUGCAAGCUAUGUAACAGGAUAUAUCAGCAGAGCCUCGGCGUACUCCCAGUAUCGCCGACUCCCCUCUCGCCAGCCGCACCCAUGCUUCUGGCGCGGAUGAACCCACAGGUGCAGCCUGAGAACAGCGGGGCGGGCCCGGGGUCGGAGCAGCCCCAGCGGAAGCGCAAAGCUGCAGAACUCUUGGUGGUGAAAGAGCGCAACGGCGUCCAGUGCCUCCUGGCAUCCCGCGACGGCGACGAGCAGCCCCGGGAGACCUGGGGCAAGAAAAUCGACUUUCUGCUGUCGGUGGUCGGCUUCGCCGUAGACCUGGCCAACGUGUGGCGCUUCCCCUAUCUCUGCUACAAGAACGGCGGAGGUGCCUUUCUGAUCCCGUACACCCUGUUCCUCAUCAUCGCUGGCAUGCCCCUGUUCUACAUGGAGCUGGCUCUGGGCCAGUACAACCGGGAAGGGGCAGCCACCGUGUGGAAGAUCUGCCCGUUUUUCAAAGGAGUUGGCUACGCUGUGAUCCUCAUUGCACUCUACGUUGGCUUCUACUACAAUGUCAUCAUUGCCUGGUCACUCUACUACCUCUUCUCCUCCUUCACCCUUAACCUGCCCUGGACUGACUGCGGCCAUGCCUGGAACAGCCCCAACUGCACCGACCCCAAGCUCCUCAACAGCUCCGUGCUGGGCAACCAUACCACGUACUCCAAGUACAAGUUCACGCCGGCAGCAGAGUUUUAUGAACGUGGCGUCCUGCACCUUCACGAGAGCAGUGGGAUUCAUGACAUCGGCCUGCCCCAGUGGCAGCUCUUGCUCUGUCUGAUUGUCGUCGUCAUCGUCCUGUUUUUUAGCCUCUGGAAAGGAGUGAAGACAUCAGGAAAGGUGGUGUGGAUCACGGCCACGCUGCCUUACCUCGUGCUGUUCGUACUCCUGGUCCACGGCAUCACGCUGCCCGGCGCUUCCAAUGGCAUCAACGCCUACCUGCACAUCGACUUCUACCGUCUGAAAGAGGCCACGGUAUGGAUUGAUGCUGCAACUCAGAUAUUUUUUUCCUUGGGCGCUGGAUUUGGUGUCUUGAUUGCAUUUGCUAGUUACAACAAAUUUGACAACAACUGCUAUAGGGAUGCCCUGCUCACCAGCACCAUCAACUGUGUCACCAGCUUCAUCUCUGGGUUCGCCAUCUUCUCCAUCCUUGGUUACAUGGCCCAUGAACACAAGGUCAACAUUGAGGAUGUUGCCACUGAAGGAGCUGGCCUGGUCUUCAUCCUGUACCCAGAAGCCAUUUCCACCCUAUCAGGAUCCACGUUCUGGGCUGUCGUGUUCUUCGUCAUGCUCCUGGCUCUGGGAAUUGACAGCUCAAUGGGAGGCAUGGAGGCGGUCAUCACGGGCCUGGCCGACGACUUCCAGGUCCUGAAACGACACCGGAAACUCUUCACAUUUGGUGUCUCCUUUGGAACCUUCCUUCUGGCCCUGUUUUGCAUAACCAAGGGUGGAAUAUACGUGCUGACCCUGCUGGACACGUUUGCGGCGGGAACCUCCAUUCUGUUUGCUGUGCUCAUGGAGGCCAUAGGCGUCUCCUGGUUUUAUGGUGUGGACAGGUUCAGCAACGACAUCCAGCAGAUGAUGGGGUUCAAGCCGGGCCUGUACUGGAGACUCUGCUGGAAGUUCGUCAGCCCUGCAUUCCUCCUGUUUGUGGUGGUCGUGAGCAUCAUCAAUUUCAAGCCGCUCACCUACGAUGACUACAUCUUCCCACUCUGGGCCAACUGGGUCGGGUGGGGCAUCGCGGGCUCCUCCAUGGUCCUGGUGCCCGCCUACGUCGUCUACAAGUUCCUCAGCACACGGGGCUCCCUUCGCGAGAGACUGGCCUAUGGCAUCACCCCAGAGAACGAGCAUCACCUGGUGGCCCAGAGGGAUGUCAGGCAGUUCCAAUUGGAACACUGGCUGGCCAUCUGAAUCUGACCCCGAGGAGGAACCCUGCUGCACCAACGUUCAGGUCAAAAGUUUCCUACCACCCCAGACACUGUCUGGGGAUUCCUCUCCGACCCCCCUCUUCCUCUUUUCCAAGUUACAACUGAUUUAGUGACCUGGUUUUCGUUCACUUUCUGUUCACCUGGCCUGAGGGCUGUGGGCUUGGAUUGGUAAGCCUUGUGGGAGAGGAGGAGAGGAGGGAACAGGAAAAAUGACUUCCAUCGAACCUCUUUAGUUUUGAGGAAGUCUCACCCAGUGUGGGAACCGGCCCGAGCUGACGUCCACGAGCUCGGGAAGGACUCCCCACCUCGCUUGCUGGUACUUUGGGCCGCAGAAGAAAUCCUCAGUCCACCAGAUCAGACAGAGGAUGUUGCUUUUUGGUCAGACACUGUAAAACCAAAACACAAAUAAAAAGCCCAGCUGAGUUUGGGAGGUACAGAGAUCUUGCCUCUCUCGUCUGCCCCGGUCAGUGCUCUGUUGUUUGGACCUUGGUUGGGGAGCUUGGGGAUAUUUGUCGCUGUUAUGAAGUCCGUGGAUAGAAGCUCUGGGGGGUCGUGAGCAGAAAUCUUCAUAGUUAGUUUUCACUCUGGUUGACCUGGGUUUGAUUUGUGUGUGUUCUGGAAUAUUCUUCUGGUUUCUGGCACUCAGAGGGUCCAGAGCUAUGGGUGUCACAGUGAGUGGCUUCUGCAGAAGAAGCAGACAAGUCUGUAGAGACCACAUGCGGGUCUCGCUCUGUCAGAUGCACGGAGCUCAGGAACCUACCUGUGGCUCCUGAGACCUUCCUGGGGGACUCAGGACAGGAACCCAGCAAGGCCAGCUGCGUGUCUCCGCUACGGGAUUCUCUGCUGUCCUCACGGGGCCAGGUGGGUGUCCAAGGGCAGCCCGACAGGCUGUCUGUUUCUGUAUUGUUCACAGACACCUGCAAAGCCUGUCCCUGGGAAUCCCGCCCAGCCUGGACCAGAAGUCUCAAGUGAUGAGAAGUGGGCCCUGAAAACUCCCUUUGUCUCUCCUCAUGGGCCGUACUUUGCACCAUGGAGGGCAGCAUGGAACCAAGCAUAUAGCACCCCGGUCACUCAGGUUGAGGGGAGAAUAGUCUCAAUUGACGGAGCAGGUUGGCGGUUGUAGAGAAUUUCAGGUUGAUUUCUGAUACAAACUUAUAAGUGGUGCCCUCUGGUGGUGCUGGUGGCUAGUCUCAGCUCAUUCAGAGAAGCGAUUUGUAGUUGGUAAGUCGGUGGCAUCCAUUUGGAAUUUUUUUUUUUUUAACAUAUGGUCUGAGUUUCUUACGCUCUCAUUGGCAAUCUAGAGUUGUGGGUUAUUGUCCUGACUGUGGGAGGCCCUGUUGCAGAAUCUUGGGCAAAAAAAAAAAGGCCACAUCAUUUCCACUGGGAGUAGAGGGUGCCACACAUCCAAAAGGUGCUUUGGGGAAAGUGGGGUGUCACUGAGCCUAAUCUAUCGAUCAUGCAGUCUGUGGAAGAUGGGCUGGCUGGGGGCAGGGCGGUGGUUUUCUCCCAGGGACAGGGUCCUUAUGUCAUUCUUUAAAGAAAAGUAGGAAAAUCAGGAGACCUUGGAUCUUUCCAUGCGAAAAGUUCAGUUCAAAAUCUGAGACAGCCCAAGUGGCAGGUGUCUUGGACCCUGAAAAAGAGGGGGCCUGGGAGCAUCCAACAGAGUGGAACAAACAGGUAGGGGUCUGGGAAUGAGAGCAAGGUGACCCGUCACUGAUGGAAUUUGGCCUCACAAGUGACUGAAUCCGCCCCUGAAGGGUAAUUCCUCCCUAGGUGUGGCAGCUUGUUUGUUUGUUUUUAACAAAGCACUUUCAUCCAUGUUUACUCCCAUCCGCCCAGCAAGUACUGCAGGGCUGGCUCCUGUGUCCCCAUUCUGCAGGUGAGAAAACCAAGGUCCAGCAUUUCAGUCAUUCUUGCUCAAGGUUCCCCAGCUACUAAGGGAUCCAGUUGGACCCUCAAGUCAGAGCCCCUGACUCUCAGCAGAGAGCACUUUGAAAUUCCCAGCACAAUAUGGUUCACCCCACCCAGGGCUGUCGUUAAACAUAAACAAAAAUCCAUCCAGUCAAGUGGCCAAGGCGUAUUUCUUAGCAAAAGAACAAUGUGUUGGAAGAAGGGGGGGUGGGGGGAUGUCAUUUAUUCUCCUCCUCUAGCUGGUUGCUAGAGAGGAAAUGAUUUAGCUGCUCUCCUUUGAUGAAAAUAAUCACUCUAGGUAAGAGUGGGUUGUGAAAAGCUGAGUCUACUUGGCAGAAAUGAGUCAGAAAAGCCUGUGUAUCAGGGGCACCCUUCAGAGAGAGCCUGAUGUUUGCUCUUUGCCAUCUGCGCGUGGCCCUUCUGCCUCCAGACAUUUGUCCGAAGGCGAAUCAGAGAUGCGGUGCUACCUGAACCAACACCAACCAACCCAGUGGUGCUGCCUUGUGGGGGAAGUUGGCUCCCGAGCCUGGGGAGGGGCUCUGGAGAUGGGGGGACCCGGGGCACCCAUGGACAUUUUCGAGGAGGUGCUGCAGACCUUCUGGGUUCACCUUUCACCCACACUCGAUGGAGAGGGAGCAUGGGCUUUAUCAUAAGUAAUGUUUGAUUUCUUAUUUGAGGCCUUUUUUUUGAUAGUAGAGGUUAUCCGGGAUAAGGGUGCUCCUGUGUACUGUAUAGAGCACUUUUGAUACUUUACCAGAUUUUUUAAGAAUUAUUAUUUUCCAUGAAGUGUAAAAAUAUCUGUUUAAUACCAUCCCGUUAACAUCUACUCAAUGUCUAAUUAUAUCAUUUAGUGUAUACCUGUGAGUCGGUCUUCAUUCUAGAUGCGAAUGAGACAGAGGAGAAGGGGACCUGCCAACUCUUGCCAAAUAUCGUGCCAAAUAAAGGUCCCAAAAGCUGCCUUAAUUCUCAGAGGGGUUCCGGCCCAGGUGGGAGCCAGUCUCUUGCCAAAUGAUCCCGUUAAUGUGAGACCAAACAUUCUUACCAAAGAUAUCAUUUCUUAGUAAGAAGCCCACUGAGCUCAUUUCAUUUCUUUAUUUCCUUUGAAAGCCAUGGAAGGGGAAGAACAGAGAGGGAGUGUGGCGUGGGGGAAACAGCACAGCAUUUAGAGUUGCACGGACCUGGGUCUACGGCUGUCUUACUGGGUCACCUGGGGAGAGGGGCUCCACCUCUGUGGGCUUCAGAGUUCUCUGUCUGUAAAAGCAAGGGUUGGAUCAGAGAUCAAAGGUCCCAUCCAGUAAAAAAAAUUUCCUGUCUCCGUAACAAUGUUAUUGUUGUAAAUUUACAAUGAAGGAAGCACACGGUUUACUGUAGGACUUUCCAGAAUGAUCUAGUGACCAAUAACCUACUACUGAGCAGAGACAUAUCAGGACUAUGAUUUUUCUGGACAUUCAGUAGUUCCUCUUUCGACAAUAUUUCUUCAACUGAUGCCAGAAACACUUGGUAUUUUAAAAAAUAAAUCCAACCCUUUUGUUUUGCAGAAUUUGAGGGUAAGUUGUCAUGCUCUUAUGAGUCCCAAAAUCCACAGCUCUGCGAUGUGCAGCAUGGCUAUAGCUGCGAUCAUAGAAGUCACCAAAAUUCCGGUGAAUGUGAAGUAGCUUUUGGGGUUCCCGCCCUCAUCCCUCUGUUUCUCCACUUUUAUGUAAAUAAGGACUCUUUCAGUGGUGCCCUGUGUCAUGGACUGUUCCAAUGUCAUGCAUAUUUCUAUAUCUGGUGUGUGCAUUUAUUUUAAAAGCUGUUCUCUUCAUGGAAAAUUAAGUGUACAGAAUAAUAAAGGAUAUUUCCUGUGCCAUGUAUCUGGUAGUGGAAUUCUUUCUGGCGUGAAGGUAAAAUGCUACAAAUUAAGUCCAAUGGGUCUUCUAUGAUCAGCUUCCAGCUAGUAAAGUAGAGCUUCUGGCCAUAGUGGCCCACCUUUCACCCAAACAACUCUUGAUAAUCUAUGGAACAGAAGACUAGGGGGGAGUUAAAUCUGUAAUCCUAACUCUGAGAUUGACACUUUUUUUUUUUUUUUUUGCGGUACGCGGGCCUCUCACUGCUGUGGCCUCUCCCGUUGCGAAGCACAGGCUCCGGACGUGCAGGCUCAGCGGCCAUGGCUCACGGGCCCAGCCACUCCGCGGCAUGUGGGAUCUUCCCGGACCGGGGCACGAACUCGUGUCCCCUGCAUCGGCAGGCGGACUCUCAACCACUGCGCCACCAGGGAAGCCUGACACAUUUUUAUUUAAGUAGAAAGUGGAUACCAAGUUAGUAGUUUCGCUUUUUUGUUUCUAGGGCUGAAUUUCAAGGGGAUCAGAGCUUCCAGUUGGAUGGAAAUGAAUGUGCAAUUUAGCACUUGUUUGCAUUUUUCUGGGAAGAGGGAUACACUAACACUUAGGACCUUAGUGCUAUAUUGUAUUGUUUGGGGAAGGUGUGACCUUACAUUGUUAUUUUUAAUGCAAGUAAGCAGAUAGACAGUGACACCAAUAUAAGGGAGGUAUUGACAACCAACAAUUCAGUCUAUGUCUUCAAGUAUGUAAAGGCCGUCAGGGAGUGGGUGGUGGGCCCGAGGGCUGAAUUGAGGCCAAACAGAGAAUGGGAUAGUGCCAGAAGUAGUGAGCACCCCAGUGAUGUCUCUUAGGGAGGUUGUAGAGGGAACUCAGUGUCAGGUAGGGGUGUGAGAGGGGGUUGCAUACCUCUAAGGUCCCUUCCAUUUGGAGCUUAUGGAAUUUUUUUUUUUUUUUUUUUGGAUAGCCAUGAACCCAACCUUGCACAGCAGCAUUGGGAGAGUCAAAUACGUUUAUGGCAAAGAUGUCGGGGUGGGUUUGGCUUGUCGAAUUGGAGUUGGGCAGACAUCCCAGAGAGGGUAUUAUCAUCUGAUCAUUUAAAUUUUACCUCCAGAAUUGGAGUUAGGGUUUAUUAUAAUGAAUCAAACAAAAGGCAGCCACAUUGCUUCCAGCCCUCCCCUCACGCCUGCCUGCCGACAUUUAAUAAGGGGCCCUGCGGGAGUAGAGGAGGGAGCCUGGAGCAGAGGGGGAAAGGGCAGCUCUUCUGGGGGGCUGGCUGCCAUUCUGUCCCCUAGGCUGACAAAUGUAGUUGGAGAAGCCUCACAGGUGGGCUUCACUUUAAGAAACUGGUGGGCUUUUGAAAUGUCCCAAUUUUAAUAGCACUCCUGUCCUAUGUUUGGAGAGAUAGAGCUUCAUUUUUAUCUCCUUCCAAAAGGCCCUGAUAUGUGGAGUCUCUCCCUGGGCCUCAAUUUGUUCAUCUGUGCAAUGGGUCAGGGGUUAUUAACACUAAGUGUUCAUGGAUAGGCUUCAGAAAUAACAGAACCUUCUGAAAUGAAACGCAAAUUUUUGUGUGCAUGAGUUUAUGUCUACCUUUCCAGGAGAGAGAAUUGAUACAUUCAUCAGAUUCUCAAAUGUUGAAGACUCACUGGUAUAUAUUAUCUUUGGGGGCCUCUUUCUUCCGAUAGUACAUGGCAUCUCUCUCUGUCCUCACCCCAAAUGAAAUCAGUAUGACAACAGAGUUCAUUUCUAAAUCUCCAUCACCCUGCAUUAUGUUGACUUUUCAUUCUAAUCCACCCCAGAUCCAAUAUCUCAUCUGUUUUCCUGGCAACAGUUAUUAAACCUUAGUUUUCCGAUUGGUAAAAUGAAAAGGUUGGAUUAGGUGAUUCUGUAAAGUCCCUUCUGUUUUUUGUUUUUUUGUUUGUUUGGGGGGCGUUUUGGCCACACUGCGUAGCAUACAGGAUCUUAGUUCCCUGACUUGGGAUGGAACCCCAUGCCCCCUGCAGUGGAAGGGCAGAGUCUUAACCACUGGACCACCAGGGAAGUCCCCCCUUCUGUUUUUGACUCUAUGAUAUACUCUCAGGGAGUGACCACAGAUAUGAUUGGUGAAUUCACACUAAAAUGUGAAUGACUACCUUUCUAGGCAGCUGCUGACAGACAGAAGUGGAAGUUGCUGCUUUUCACCCAUUCUACGUUUUUAGUGUAGGUUUCAGCAAACAUUUUCUGUAAAGGUCUCUGUCAGAAGUACUCCUCUCCUGUUGUAGCAUAAAAGUAGCUUUAUUUACAAGACAGGUAGUGAGCUGGAUUUGGCCUGAGGUCUGUGGUUUGCCCUGGAUUAGUGAAAAGCACAAAGGUUUUGAGCCAGAUUAGACCUGGGUUUGAAUACCAACUCUACUACUUACUCCUGUGGAAACCUGGACAAGUUAUGUAAAAUCUGAGUCUCUCUAGCUUCUGAAGAGUGGGAAUAACACUGCCAAGAAGGUCAGCAGGAUCGAAUAAAGAUGAUGAACACUUAAGACCAACCUCUCUGGGGCCACAUUGCCUGGAUCCAAAUCCUGGUUCCAUCACUCAAUUGUGUGAAGACUUGGGCAAGUUACUUAACCUCACUUUGCCUCAUUUAUCAUCGAUCCAUGGGAAUGACAAUGACCCCACCACCUCAUGGGAUCAUAGGAAACUGCCCCAGAGGUUUGAAUUGGGGUCUGAGUAGCCAAAUCUGAGUCUCCUUGGGCCUGAGUGCAUGUGACCACUGGGCAGGAAGUUCCAGCUUCGGAAAUACCAGCCUGCACAAGCCUUGCCAGGCAGCAGCCAACCUCCUGCAGGGCCUGGCUGCCUCACAAGCCCUCCGCUGUCAGUCCCCAUUAGGCUGCUGGCAAGGGAGAUGCUCCCUCAGCUGGGCCAUGUUUCAGGGAGGCCCUGACCUCAGCUAUGACCCAGAAGAGCUGGAGACAGAAGUGUGGUAACCAGAGGCUCCUGAAAGAGCUGGCAAGUGAUUGGCUUCUGAUGUCUUUCUUAUUAGCUACUGGCUUGUCAUCAGGCCUGGGAGGGGCUGAGCUGGGCCCCUAGCAGGGCAUGAAGGUAAGGGGUUGGGCCAUAGGAAAUCAAGGGAAACCAUCUCUGUCCCCAGAGGACGCCCAGCAGGGGUCAUGGCCGGAACAUACCCUUGAGCCACGGUUGAUUGUUUCUACAGCAAAGAAUAUAGAGGGAGCAGCCACCCCACCUACUGCAGCUUCAGGCUCCAGUGCAGAGUCUCAGCCUAGGACAGGAAGAUGUGGAGUCAGAAGAGGAGAGGCCUGAAGCAAAAACCCAGCUUCUGGCAAUGGCAAUGAGUCAGAGAGAAGAGUGUUCUUCAGCAGGAAGACAAAGGAGAAGUGUCCCUGGUUCUGGAGAAGGACUUUAGUGAGGAUCUCCUCCUGGACAUGCCCAGAAGCCCAGGAUGCCUCUGGUGAUGCUUAAGAAAGUCAUCAAGGAUUUGGACUCCUUCUAGCUUCCUGUUCUACCAUCUACAGCAUGCGGUUCUCACGGUCAUGGAGAAAAAUGGCUAAUCCACCUGCUGACAUCUUGCCCACCUUUCAGGCAGGAAGAAGGGAAAUAAAGAGAAAGAGCAAAGGGCAGAGGCCUGCUGAAUCUGUGCCUCUUGACUCUGAAGAAGAGUAGGUUUCCUAGAAACCCACCUGGAUGUCCAUCUACAUCUCAUUGGCCAGAUUCAGGCAACCUGGCAACUUUAGCUGUAAGAGAGUCUGGGGUAGGAGAAGACUGUGUAACUGGGUACAUUGCUUCUCUGGACAGAAUCAGGAAGAGGAUCUUAGGAAGAGGAUGAGAAGGACAUUGGGAAGACACUGGUCAUUACCUCCCUUUCGUGGCUUCCUCACCUGAAUUCAUCGUCUGCUGACAAUGGCAGGGGCCCUUGUGAAAAGCACCAUGGUCUGAGUGGCCAUAAAUAAAGGGCUUCUCUGUCCUAUGGGGUGAGAUCAAUGACUCCUUUGGGCUCAAGUUAUGGGGAUUCGGGACGCAGGUCUUGCAGG